ACAAAUUAAAUUAAAUUAAAGUUAAAGCAGAGCACCACCACCACCACUGCAAAAUUCCAAACAGCCUUGUUGAAGAGAAGAAGAGAGAAGAGGAAGGAGAAAGUUGAAGACUUUUUCCCUUGUUUUUGCUGAAACCAACCUCUCUCUUCUUCUCUCUCUUCUGGGUCUCCGUUCAACCCAACAAAUUCAACAAACCACCACAGGGACUCUCAAGGCUUCUUCUUCUUCUUCUUCUUCUUCUUCUUCUUCUUCUGUGGUGCUUUGUGGGGAUGUUUGGGUGUUGGUGUUCUUGCUGGGAGUGGGACAGUGUCCCUGAAUUCUAUGAUCCUGACACACCACCCUUUUCUCUGCCUUCACCUCUUCCACACUGGCCACAAGGUAGUGGUUUCGCGAGCGGAAGAAUAUGCCUUGGAGAAAUCGAAGUUUCAAAAGUGAACAAGUUUGAGAGAGUUUGGACUUCCACACAUUUGCAUGGAAAACCACAGGGUUUCGCAUUUUAUAGACCUUUGGAGGUUCCUGAUGGUUUUCUCUGCCUUGGUCAUUACUGCCAGUCCAAUGAACAGCCAUUUAGAGGAUAUGUUCUUGUGGCCCGUGAAACUCCUACUGAACCUGAACCUGAUUGUUCCGAUGGCACUGUGUUAAAAUCUCCAGCUCUAGAAAAGCCACUUAACUAUUCAUUAAUUUGGAGCUUGGAUUCACAUGAUGAUUGUGCUUACUUUUGGUUACCAAACCCUCCAAUGGGCUACAAAGCCAUGGGCAUAGUAGUUACUAGCAAUCCAAAUGAACCAGAAGUUGAUGAAGUUCGAUGUGUUCGAGCAGAUCUAACACAAACUUGUGAGACUUCUGAUCUAUUACUUUCAAUAAAGUCAAAAUAUUCCAAAAAUCCAUUCCAGGUUUGGAAGACACAACCCUGUGAUAGAGGUAUGAUGGCUAGAGGCGUAUCUGUUGGGACAUUCUUUUGUGGCACCUAUUUUGAUUCUGAACAAGUGACGGAUAUUGCGUGCUUGAAGAAUCUUGAUUCUUCCCUGCAUGCCAUGCCAAAUUUGAACCAGAUUCAUGCACUUAUCGAGCAUUACGGGCCCACUGUGUAUUUUCAUCCUGAUGAGAUAUACUUGCCGUCGUCAGUGCAAUGGUUUUUUAAGAAUGGAGCAGUUUUGUGUUCAGCAGGCAGUGAGAAGGGUAAAUGUAUAGAUUGCGAGGGAACGGUUUUACCUAUUGGAGGAACAAAUGAUGGUGCCUUUUGGAUCGAUUUGCCUAGCGAUGAGGAUGCAAAAAAUAAUCUAAAGAAGGGAAACAUAGAGAGUGCAAAACUAUAUGUUCAUGUCAAACCAGCAUUGGGAGGAGCCUUUACUGAUAUUGCGAUGUGGGUUUUUUGCCCCUUCAAUGGACCUGCCACACUUAAAGUUUCAUUGAUGAACAUUGAGAUGAAUAAGAUCGGUGAACAUGUGAGUGAUUGGGAGCACUUCACCCUUCGCGUAAGCAACUUCUCCGGUGAGCUUUGGUCUGUGUUUUUCUCUGAGCAUAGCGGCGGAAAAUGGAUAGAUGCAUUUGAUUUGGAGUUUAUUAAGGGGAACAAACCAAUUGUUUAUUCAUCAAAACAUGGCCAUGCUAGCUACCCUCAUGCCGGGACAUACCUUCAGGGAUCAUCCAAAUUUGGAAUAGGGGUACGCAACGACGCAGCUCGAAGUAAAUUUAUUGUGGAUUCAAGCAUUAAAUAUCAGAUUGUUGCGGCUGAGUAUCUUGGUGUUGGAGUUGUUACUGAACCAUGUUGGUUGCAGUAUAUGAGAGAGUGGGGUCCUACCAUUGUAUAUGAUUCACGUUCUGAAAUAGAGAAGAUAAUAGACCUGCUUCCAGUAUUUGUCAGAUUUUCCGUGGAGAACUUGAUUGAAUUGUUUCCUACAGAGCUUUAUGGGGAGGAGGGGCCAACAGGUCCCAAGGAGAAGGACAAUUGGCUAGGAGAUGAGUAUUGCUAGUUCUGCUUUAAUGCUACCAGCUUUGGCUGUUUUACUCUGCUACUAGCCAUGUCUUGGAAGCUCUUGACCUGGUUUCUGUGUCUGGGAUCGGGAUCCUCUGAGGUGGAAACUUCACAUGACACUAUCAUGUUGAAAUUGUGUUUAUAUCUCUCUUCAUAAGUAUUAAAUAGGUGGAACCUUCUGAAUAUUUAUGAUGAGAAAGAUAGACCAGUGUUUCACUUGAUAUUGUUAAGUGAAAUGAGAAGAUCUUAAUCCCUGUGUCACUGAGGGCGAGGUGAAGGGGACCAAGUGAUCAUCAUCUUCAUGAAUCAACUGUAUAGGAGGUGUACCUCACACGGUAGCAACUUGUGUCAUUCUUCUUGGAGGCUUGAAAAACAAUGUCUGAUUUUCGAGUUUCUUAAAAAGAAUAUGUUAUAUAUACAACUAUAGAAAGAACUACGAACGUGUACAAGGUAGGGUUAUUGUUUGUAUAUACAUUUCUGGUUUCAUUGUAAGAUAAUCUUGUUGCCAGUGCUUGGUGGGAGACAUAAAAGUUUUGAUUAGUAUUCCAAGUAUUGCUGGUCAUGGAGCAGGAAUGUGUAUGAUUCAGUGUGGUUAUAUCAACUUGCAUUUGUUUGCUUGGAAA